AUGCCGAGCUUCGUGCGGCUGGCCGUGUGCUGGCUGGUGCUGCUUGCGGUGUUUGCGCAAGGCAGCGGCGUGCAUGGAUUCCUGCAGUUUCUGAGCCCACGCAAGCCUGCGCCGCCGAUCGUCGGCCACUUUGCGCCGUACUUUGGCGUGCCGCGCACGGAAAGCGGCGCGAUGCGUUUUGUGCAUCCGCGCUUCCAGCGCUUUAUCCGCGCGGACCAGGACGUGAAUGCCAAGACCUCGACGGCGAUUGUGUCGGCAACGGAUAGCGGGACGUACGGCGCGGUGAACCCGCGCGACGGCGCGACGGUCUGGCGCCGCUACGACAAGAUCGGCCUCGAAGGCGUCUACUCGAUGGACGACGCCAUCGUCACGCUCAGCGGCAAGGGCGGCGCAGUGGCGCGCGCAGUCGUCGGCAAGACGGGCAUCCUCCUCUGGGAGACGCGCCUGCACAACGAGACGGACGCGCCCGACGUCGAGGGGCCGGCCGUGCACGCGUCGGGCCUCGUCGACGACACGUUCGUCGUGACCAACGCACACGAGGUGCGCCGCCUGCGCGUCGGCCACGUCGCCUGGCGGUGGGCGCCAGAGGAGGGCGUAGACAAGGUGCGCGUCGUCGCGACGCUGCCCUCGGGCGAAUUCAUGUACGUGGUUGCCGCCGCGGCGACGGGCAAGGCGUGGCGGCCGCGCAUUUACCAGCUGUCGCAGCGCGGCGAGCUCCUCGCGACGCACAACGUCGACAUGGACCUCGCCGAGGGGCCGUACGGUAUGGUAAUCCUCCCUUGGGCCAAGCGCUCGCACAUCCCGGUCGGCUUGCAUGUGCAGACCGGCGGGCCGCACCUCGCGUUCCUCGGCACGGACCGUGCGGUGCACGCGGUGCGCAUUGACGACGCGAACCCCCGCAAGACGCUGCAGCGCGUCAAGGCGCGCAGCGCUAACGCGUUUGUCAGCGUGCAGGACGUCGGCCUCGGUGACCGCGGUUUCUUUGUCGCGCGCCGCGCCGACCACGCCGCGGAAGUCGUGCGCGUGGACGAGGACGGGCGCUUGCACUCGGCAUGGGAGUUUGACGAGCCGGCGCCCGACGCGGUGUACGACGGCGUGCUCGACCGCCAGGGCCACGCGUACAUCUUGCGUGUCUACUUUACGCUCGCCCAAAAGAUGCUCAACCAGCACGUCUUUUGGGCGGACGCGCGCACCGGCCACGACCGGGGCCAGGUCACGGGCAUGUCGUUCCAGUACGACCACGACCUGCACGGAAACGUGCUCGCCGCCCCGUUCGAGGUCGGCAAGGUGUCGCCUGUCCAGCUGAUGGUGCGCAUUGCGCUCGUCACGUCUUCCGGCGCGAUCCACCUCGUGCAGGACGGCGAGCACCACUGGGUGCUUGAAGAGGGCCUUGCCGAGGACCCCAAGACACUCAUGGUCUCGCUGCCGGACGCGGCGCUCGGUAAGAGCGCCGUCGCGCUGCGCCACGCGCGCAACGCGGAUACGGCACCGCUUGUCGCACUCGAGCGCGAGUCGUUCGGCCACCGCAUCGCACGCCACCUCGUGCUCCUGGCCAAGCUGCCGGAGGUGGUAAUCGAGUGGGUGAUCGCCGAGCGCGGCGGUAUCGAGUGGGUGUCGCGUCUCUUGCUCGACACGCACAAGGACGAGACGCCCGUGUUCCGCCAGCCGGUCGCCGGCGGCGCGCGUGUCGAGGGGACGAACGCGUCGAUCAUCGCGCCGCGCGAGGUACCGGACGAGGCGCUCGCGCGCCUCGCCCACGACCCGUUCGGCUUCCGCAAGAUGGUCGUCGCGGCAUCCAAGCGCGGCAAGGUGUACGGCCUCGAGAUGACGCUUGAGGGCAGCGCCCUGCUCUGGCAGCGCUCGCUCCUGGGCUACGGGGCGGGCGAGGGCGCAGCAGAGCCCAAGGUAAAUGUCACGCACAUUGUGCAGACGCGCCCGACCGGCACGCUCCUCGGCGGCGUCCCAGUGCCGCCAGUCGUCGCAAUCGUCGUGCAGACGACCGAGCCGGGCGAGGCGACGCAGACGCGCGUCUAUGAGCUGAACCCGCUCACGGGCGAGUUUGCCAACGGCCUCGACGACGGCGUGCUGCUGUGCCCGAAGCCAAUCCGCGAGCUCGUCGUGCUGCCUCUGGCGAUGGACGCGGGCGACGUGCGCACGCUCGGCGCCGUGUGCGACGAGACGAUGACCGUGUAUCCCCCGGCCCCAUCGACGCUCGCGCGCAUCGCCACGGAGCUGCCGAAACUCCAUCUGCCGGUGCUCGCGCAAGACGCGCUCCGCGGCCACGUCUUGCGCCCGGCCGAAAAGGGCACGUUCUACGCGGUGCCGACGUGGCAGUGGCGCCUCGGCAACGGCGAGCAGGUCGUCUCGAUGCACGACCUGCCCACCGACCACAUCGCGAGCCUCGGCCGGGUGCUGGGCGACCGCUCGGUGCUGUACAAGUACCUGAAUCCCCACGGGCGCCUUGUGACGACGUACACGGCCGCCGACCAGGCGGCCAACGUCUACCUCCUCGACACGGUCUCGGGCAGCGUGCUCUACCACCUGCGCGUGCCGGACGUGGAGAUGAGCGAGGGGCUGCACACGACCUUUGUCGAGAACUGGAUCACGGUGCAGUAUGCCACGAACCAGACCAAGGAGGGCUCGCUGCCGCAGCCCACGCCGGCCAACGCCCCGCCGUGGUUCGCCGAGACGAAGCAGGGCUACACGCACCGCCUCGUCUCGAUCGAGCUGUACGAGCCCACGGCCGAGCAGACGCCCGAAGUCUCGAGCCUGGUGACCGGCACCGGCGGCAACGUGACGUCGUACGCGAUGCCGCUCGCGUUUGCACACAGCUUCCUCCUGCCAUACGGCGUGCAGAUGACCGCGACCACGCGCACGAUCCUCGGCGUGGCGACCAAGGGGCUGCUCGUCGCGACGGACCGCGAAAACAUUGUCAUGAUUCCCCGCCGGAUCCUCGACGCGCGCCGCCCGCUCGGCAAGCCUUCGGCGUCGGACAUGGAGGAGGGGCUCUUUACCUACGCCCCCGAGAUCCCGGACGAGCCCGCGUGGCACAUCACCCGCACUUUCUACCGCCUGGCGUUUGUCACGGGGCUCAGCACGAGCCCGUCGCUGCUAGAGAGCAGCUCGAUGGUGCUCAGCACCGGCCUCGACUGGAUGUACACCAUGGCUUCGCCGUCCGGACAGUUUGAUCGUCUACAGGCCUCGUUCAACAAGCUCCAGCUCGUCCUGACCAUCGCAGGACUGGUCGUCGGUAUCCUGCUCACGAACCCCAUCGUGCGCGGCCGCCGCCUGGUCGCACGCUGGUAA